AAACGCAAGCGCGUCCCCGACCCUGAAGGCGAAUGCGGCACGAAAAAACAAGGAUUGCAAGAGAGAAAAGUCGGCAUACUCUAACCUCGAGAUCAGAAGUCCCUUAUUUUGGAACGAAAAAUACGUCCUCUUGGCUUGUAUAACUGUCCGAACUGGCAAAGGAUAUUCAGGAAAAACUAUAGGAUGCAGUUUAGAACUGAGUGAUAACCCUUCUGCAGGCGUUCCCCUCGUCUCAUUUUUGGAGCCAGAGCUUUUGGGGGGCAGAGUCCUGCGUUAGUGGCAGAGCCUCCAUCCCCCAGUUAGCCGGAGUCAUCAUUGUCCUUCGGAACACUGUCGCUGUCGAAGUGUGUUGGUGGAUUGAACUGAUCUGAUCUUCUGACCGGGUAAACCGCAGCAGCUGCAAGCCACGCCCUCUGCUCGAACACCCCUGGCUCCGCCCACAUCUCCCUGCUGCCACCAUGGUUCUGUCACAACGGCAACGAGACGAACUAAAUCGAGCGAUAGCUGAUUACCUUCGUUCAAAUGGAUAUGAAGAGGCAUAUUCAACUUUCAAGAAGGAGGCAGAAUUAGACGUGAAUGAAGAAUUGGAUAAGAAGUAUGCCGGCCUUUUGGAAAAGAAAUGGACCUCAGUCAUCAGAUUACAAAAGAAGGUGAUGGAGCUGGAGUCGAAGCUGAACGAGGCCAAAGAGGAGAUCACCCUAGGUGGGCCCAUAGCCCAGAAGCGUGACCCCAAAGAGUGGAUCCCUCGCCCGCCGGAGAAGUACGCACUGAGCGGCCACCGCUCCCCUGUCACACGCGUCAUUUUCCACCCAGUCUUCAGCGUCAUGGUGUCCGCCUCCGAGGACGCCACAAUAAAGGUGUGGGACUAUGAGACAGGAGACUUUGAGCGGACGCUGAAGGGUCAUACUGACUCUGUCCAGGACAUCUCCUUUGACCAGACUGGCAAGCUGCUGGCCUCCUGCUCUGCAGACAUGACCAUCAAGCUGUGGGACUUCCAGGGCUUUGAGUGCAUCAGAACCAUGCAUGGACACGAUCACAAUGUUUCGUCCGUAGCCAUCAUGCCCAAUGGAGAUCAUAUAGUAUCUGCCUCAAGGGACAAAACCAUUAAAAUGUGGGAGGUGGCCACUGGCUACUGUGUGAAGACGUUCACGGGCCACAGGGAGUGGGUGAGGAUGGUCCGGCCCAACCAAGACGGCACCCUGAUCGCCAGCUGCUCCAAUGACCAGACUGUGCGCGUGUGGGUGGUGGCGUCCAAAGAGUGCAAGGCCGAGCUGCGGGAGCACGAACACGUGGUGGAGUGCAUCUCCUGGGCCCCUGAGAGCGCUCAUCCCACCAUCUUGGAAGCCACCGGCUCAGAGUCUAAGAAGAGUGGUAAGCCGGGCCCCUUCCUGCUGUCUGGCUCCAGAGACAAGACCAUCAAGAUGUGGGACGUCAGCAUUGGGAUGUGCCUUAUGACACUGGUUGGCCAUGAUAACUGGGUGCGCGGGAUGCUUGUCCACCCCGGAGGCAAGUUCAUAUUGAGCUGUGCUGACGACAAGACCUUAAGGAUCUGGGACUACAAGAACAAGCGCUGCAUGAAGACUCUGAGUGCCCAUGAACACUUUGUUACCUCUCUGGAUUUCCACAAGAAUGCGCCGUAUGUUGUCACCGGGAGCGUAGAUCAAACAGUAAAAGUGUGGGAGUGUCGCUGAUCCGAUCAGGCCUAAGAAGAUCGGACCACCACCAUCCCAAUUACCACCCCCCCUCCUCCCACCCCACCUCCUAUAGGCCUCAUUCCACCCCCCCUACACUCCACCUCACUAUCUCUUUCAUCACUUCUGGUUACACUCACACACCAUGGUUAAUACCUUAUCCUGUCAUCACGCGCUCUGGUCCAAUAACUAUGGUCCUUUUAUGUACAUUAUUCUGGAUGUAGAUUGAGCUAUUAAAUGUUACACAGCAAAAAAAGUGUUCUUGCAUGGUGAUGAUGAAUCCAAAAUUGUAUACUGUAAAUUUACAUAAGGUUGUCUAGAAGUACCAUAGGUUUAACAUGGGCGGGGCUGGCUAAGUCUGUUGUCACAUGCAGCCUUACCUACCUACUUAUUGAAGGCAGAUGUUUCUUUGUGUGUGUCACAAAUGCCACCCUAUUCCCUAUAUGGUGCAAUACCUAUGUGCCCUGAUCCAAGGUAGUGCACUAUACAGGGAAUAUGGUGCCUUUUGGGACACAUUCUUUGACUGGGUGUAAAACGUAGGGCGCUAACACUGAUAAUUUAAAAAACGACUGUCGUUUCUUUUCGUGUCAGAUUUAUAAUUUGUCACUUUUUUUUCUGUUUUAAUUUUAUUUUAGUUAUUUUCUCUCCUUUUCACUGUUGUAGUCUGUCAGUGACCUUUUUGAGGGGAAAAAACAAAAGGAAAAGUAUAAUCCCUUGAUGUCGGAGGAUAUGAGAUUGUCUGUCUGUGGGGGUUUUGUUAUUGGAAUAAUCUGUAGCUUUGUAACAUCACUUCUGAAGUGUGCAUACCAUUUUUCUUCGUCAUGUGGAACUAGAUAAUAUACUAAUGGCUGCAUAUACGAAUGUUUCAAACUGUUUAUCUUCGGUCAUCUGGGGGUUGAGAAAACAAAACAGCUUUGUACUCUUGUCAUGACGACGCGUCCUAAACUGAGUAGCAAAACCACUCCUGAUAGGCUUAGAAUUAUCCUAUCCAAUGACUGAAUUAUGUUUAUUGAAUCAGAACCUUUCUAUAUUGGCAUCUGAAUGAAUUAACCUGGCUAGGCUGCGUAGUUGGCGCCCUUAUUUCAGUGGGUUAGCAUUUUGGCUAAAAACUCAGUGGACUGAUGACUUUCAGGUUAGCAUUUAGGCUAUGUGAGCCGAUAGCGUGAGGUUACUCCUCCCUGAAACGCUGCCCCUUGUCUGUUCGGACUUGUACGGGACCUUAUGGUUGGCCGCAACUGAUCAGGCGACCGCCUCAGCCUUUCUUUAGCACUUGGCCCUUUAGCAGCUGACUUCAGGGAUAUCAUCUCUUUUUAAUCUCAAGCACUUGAAAAGAAAGACCUUUAGGUGUCUCCCUCCCUCUGUAAGAUGUCUCACUGUUGUCUCAAGUCUAACCUGAGUGAUUUCCAUUGGACUCAACCGAACCUUCUCUCUUUUUCUAACCAUAUGACGAAUCAGGUGUCAGCUGGGUUUUAUUGUCCCUUAUACUACAGGAAUCAUGUAAGAGAUUUGAUGCUCAGUUGGCCAUUGUCUUGUGCUGCUUGCUUCUAUGGGCUGUGUAAAUUAGGGAGGGUAAGCUUAAGCCUUAGCUUUGGAUGAAAUAUGCAAGUUUUAAAUGAGUCGGACACAGUCAGAGAGACGUCGUCAUAGCAUGACAAGGAGUCAAAGUUGCCCCUCAGGUUUUGAUGUGCAAAAUAUCUCCCUGGAAAACUACAAAGAAUUUAGAGGUAAUAAAGCUGUUUCUGUGGGGGAGAAAGAUAUGUAAACUAAAGCUUUUUACUGAGCUGUAGGUAAGUGUCCAAAUCUGUGUUUCCACUGAACUGACUGGUUAACUUUUGGGGGGGUUCAUUCAUUCAGUUGAUGAUGAAAUAAAAUGCUAGCAGUAGACAUGCUAAUGAAUGAUUUGUGUUCUCUGUACAGUAGAGGUCUGAUGGUGGUAGUUCUUGUAAAGGGAUCUUCACCCCUAAGACUACAUACAGCAGCUCCCUUGCCACAGACAGACUUUGGGCUAGGCCUACUAGGAUCUGUUUGUGCACAGGAGAGUGCUUAGAUGCCUUUCCUAGUGAAGAGCUCUUAAGUCAAAACUCCACAGGACCGACUCUAACGCAUUGCAGUAGUCUCCUGGGUGGCAAGCACAUCUGUAUCCUAUUCUGUUCAUCUUAAUGAGCUAGAAGGCUGAAGAAAUAAUGAAAAAUGACAAUUGGAACUAAUUCUAAUCUAACCAAAUCCCUCCAUGAUAAUGGAGACCAACCAUUCCCCCCAACAACAAAAAAUAAUAUAUUGCUUCUUACUCUGCAGCAGGCGAGGAAAAAUCCUAUUAUCUUGCACAUCCCUGCUUUUCGUUAGUUCUUUGUCCGACUGGCGAUCGAAGAGAAAUUUUAAGACUCAAUAAAAUGCAUAAACAAGAUAUCAUUUUUUAAUCAGCCUUUUUGCAUUAUGAUGCAAAUCUGUAAUAAUAAAGAACUCCACUUGCUUAACUGAUUUUAUUAUUUUAAGCUUCUUUGCUGAAUAACUUCCUGUUCCUCUUCCUGUAUGUAUUUGAUUGGAUGUAGCUAUCUGCUGCUGUUGACCUCUGAACCCUCAUAGUGGCUAGUGUGAUGAACCCUUUGACCUGUCGACAAUACCACUGCUGCAUGUACCCCUGUUGUACCAGAGGCUGAGCCAUCUGGUCUUGUGAGCCUUUCUGGUUCAAGUGCUAUGAUGUAAGCCACUGAACACUCAGGCCGAGUCUGAAAUGGCACCCUAUUCCCUAAAAUUAGUGCACUUAAGACGCAGACUCAAUCAGCCACAGGCCACUCAGCUAAGCUGUCAAAGGCUAGUCGGUCCACUUGACAAAUUUAUAUACUGUAAAAAGAGCGAGAAGUAGGAUAAGAGAACUGCAUCUCUUACGAGAAGGGGUGGUACCCCUACUGUCGCUUGCCAGUAAGCGGGUGUAUUGUCCCUGUGUAUCUAUGUAUGUAUACUGUGUAUUUUGCAUAUUGACUUUUCAAAGACACCAGACAGGUUGGCUCAGGCUGGCUUGAUGGCUGCAGACAGACCGUGCUGUACUUAAUGUGGUUGUUUGUUGCUGCUGAAAGGAGGACAUCUGUAAAUGUAUGAACUGGCUCCUUCAUUCCUCUAUAUGCGAUGGGAUUGUGGCAGACUAAAGAUGUUCUGAGAGAAAAGAAGCCUCCUUGAGAGAAUACCACUUAUGCCUCCUCUAGACUAGAGACCCCCAUGUAUUUAAUCAGACUAGACAGGUCUUUCUCCAAGCUCCUUUCUGUCAGAGGGAGGGAGAGACUUUGAUUGGAGAGUUGGCGUAUGUUCAUUCCGUUACACCAACCAUCGAUAGGACAAUUGGAAAUGGUGGUGCUGAUGCACCAUAAAACGUGUUUUAGCUGAAACCCAAAAAAUGUAACUACAGUAAGAUGACAUGGUUUAGCUUCAGCAUUCAGAUGUCCUGAUCUGUUCUGUUCUCAAUCCUAGGCUGUUAGCUUCCUGAUUUAAGACGAUUCUCUCUUUAGAUUAGCUUAAUUCAGGAUUACGAUAUCAGGUUCCUUGUGUGUAAAUUCAAAACCAGGCCUGAAGUGAACCUAAAUGGAUUUUUGACUUGACUCUUAUUGUUAUUGAAAAACUCAGCUUUCCUUUUCUUGGGUUAGACAAGGUCUAUAAACAAAUUGUCCAGAGGGAGAAUGUGUGUCUCCCCUUGUAAUAUAGUUGUCAUUGAAUGAACGCUUUCCAUAAUUGCUAUUGUACCUUCCCUGUGCCCUGUGAAAAUAAAUCACUUUUUGCCAUUUGCAGCUCCCAAGCAAUCCCUAUGCUGCACUGGCUAGGUGGAUCAGAGGGACUGGCAGACAAGCUUGCACUGUCUGUUGGUCCUUCCCCCCCCAGUCUCAAGUCCAUCUGUCUGCUAUAAUCUGCCUUGUGAAUAGAUUGAGGGCUUCAGACUUCUUCACAGCUUGAACAGGAUUUAUAGUUUUGCUUUCAACGUCUUUCUCACUCUUCACACAGCAAAAUUGCUAACAAAAUAUCUGGAUGUCAUUAUUGUUUGCAACAUAAUUAAAGAAAAAUAUGUAAA